UAUUUUUGUAUAUAAAUAAAUGCUUAUGACUAUGUCCCUAUAUGUUUAUGUUAUGUUUAUCUCUUUUUGCGGCAUUCUGCGGAAGGUGACUGUGAUAAAAGCCAGUAGAUCUCAACAGUUAGAAAUUGUCGACGAAAUACAACGUAACGUCAUGGAGACGGAUAAAGCAGAGGUUAAGGAUAAUAGCAGUGAUGAUGAACCAGAAUGGUUAUCAGCGGCCAAAUUUAUCACUAAAAAGGCACAAGAUGUACGCAUUAGAAAAGAAGGCAUCAAGCAAUUAGCCUUGCAUAUAAUGGUGUGGUGCACAGAUACUCUCAAAUAUGAAAAAAUAUCAGACAUGAGUGAAUCAAUCACAAAUAAAUUUGUGCGAAAAUAUGAAUUUUAUCCAUUUAAAGAAGAUCCCAGAAUAUCAGAUUGGCUGUUUGUGUUGCAUACAUUGAAUUUUUCACUCUGGUAUCCAAAAGAUAAAAAGCAAUGGACAGUUAAUGGUAAUCAUGGAUUUCUGGGACUUUGCAAUGCUAUGAAAAGGCUUAUUGAUAAAAAUGUGCCUAUAUGGGUUCCUCAAUGUUACUCAAAUAUAACGGAAACUGAGUUCGAAUAUAUGUUCCAAGGCGAUGAUAAGAAAGUUACUAUUCCACUUGUACACGAAAGAGUUAAGAUUUUACAUGAGGUUGGAAAGAUUUUAUUGAAGAAUUAUAAAGGUACUUUUACAGAAUGUAUUAGGUCAUCUGAAAACGAUGGAGAUAAAUUGGUGAAAUUACUUUUCAAUGAAUUCGAGUCAUAUCGAGAUGAAGUUGAAUACGAAGGUUUAAAGGUUCGUUUUUGUAUCAAGGCUAGGGCAUUAGUAAAUGACAUAUGGACUUACCAUAAAACAUAUGAACCUAAAUUUAAAUUGGAUACAAAAAAUUUGAUGUCGUCGAUAUUUGUGAAUUAUCGUGCUCCAGAACUUCUCUAUCAUUACGAUAUUCUUAGAUACAGUGAUAAGCUUAUGGAUAGAUUCACAAAUAACAAGAAUCAUAGCAAAACGCAUUGCAUUUUUUUCGUAGCUGAACCGCUUGAGUAUGGAAGCAGAGAAGAAAUUGAGCUACGCGGUUGCUCACUUUUAGCUGUCAAACUAAUAUGCCAAGAAGUAAAUGACAUAAGCAAAUAUUACAACAGGGAAGCCAUACGUAUUCUGCUUACGGAACAUUUUAAGGUGCCGAUACUUGUCGAUAAUUAUUUGUUUAUAUCUCUAAUUGAAAUUUUUGAUAAAGGCUUUGAGGAGCAAAAACCAUUUCAUUAUAUUAAAACAGUACACUAUUAAAACAUUAUUAUCGUUAAUUUUAAAAUAUCUGUUCAAAGUAUAGCAUUGCUUUGUAAUAACAUCAUUAUGAAGAAUCAUAUACUCUGCAUUAAUGUAAUGUUAUCUCUUUUUUUUAAUCAUUAUUAGAAGACUUUUUCUUUCUUCUUAAUAAUUAAUAGAAGAAAUUAUAUUAUUAUGACACAAUUAAUUUUAAUAUAAUUGAAAUAGAUUUUAGAUAAUUAUGUAGUUUAGGAACGAUCUUACACAUUCAAAUUUUAAUCGCUUUUAUAUAAAAAUAUUAUCAAGAACUGUUUUGAAUAACUUUUAAAAGAUUUUAGUCGUUGCUCGUGGAUUGAAAUGUUAUCAACAAAAUAAAUUUAAUGAGUAGAAUCCAAUGUUCGGAUAAAAUAAC